CCGGAGGAGAGUGACUUUAUCGGGGACGCAGAGGAGGGUAAACUCGCCUGAUCUCACUUUAUACUCUUUCAUAUUUUUAAUUUUAUUUUUAUUGAAAAAACGUUUUGAUUUGUUAUCGACUGAUUUAUACAAUUUCGUGAUGCGCCACUCGUGCGUAAAGCCAUCGCACCGUCUCCAGAGCGCGCAGGAAGCGCGGAGAGGAGACACCACUACCCGAAAUCUUAAAUAACCAUCAUAAAUAUUUUCUUGGACACGCGUGUAAAAACUACAUUUAAGUCUUUGGCGUCGAGGAGCAAGAGAAUCAGAGAGAGGGAGGAUAUCUUGUUUGAGGACGAACCUAACAUCGACAGAGAGGAUGUGAUUUUCACGCCGACUUCAAAGAUGAAAAGUGAAGGAAUGAACCCCAGUGGAGAUAAAGUGUCAAAUAUUUUUAAAGACCUGCAAAUGGAAAAUCAAUCCUGAAAAAAACCAACAGUGGACCGCUCAUUUGACGAGCAUGAAACAAGCUUUUCCACAUCAAGGACACUAAACAGAUCCUGAGAUCUUCUCCUGAGGCAAUCCCUGUGACAGGAUCAUCAUUAAUGCAUAUGAUUUCCUUACAUCAUUCUGUAUCUGUCUGUACAGUGAGUGGGGGAGGUAAGACUGCAUGGGCACAGUUUGUUUAAUACUUAAAAAGGUCCACCUUUAUAUAUAAGCUCAGAAACUGAAACAACAGUGAAGAUACUGAUGUUACAUUACAUUUACUCAUGUGGCGGAUGCUUUUAUCCAAAGCAGCUAAAGGAGGGACAUCACUAAAGCUUCAUUGCAGUAGGAGACCUGAAGAAGGUGAGAAGGUGACAGCAGCUCUAGUUAUAUUAAGUAGAUGUAGUGCUUAGUACUUAUGCCAAGGACCUCAUAUUGGGAACUGAUGCUCUAAAUACUGAUCUCUGUUGUUUGCUUGUCCCUGAAGCUGAGCUCCUCCUCAGUGAAGGGUAAUCCCAGUUUAACUUCAUCUUUUUGUUUCCUGAACGGUGCACAGACAAUGUUUUAGGCUCACUGACCGAUGACCAUUGUUUGAGAAGUUGUCUAAAAAGGAAGACAAAGACUCAAAUGUUCCUCUAGAAACGUAACUGAUCAUUUCUUUAGAAUUCAUGGACUUUUAUCUCAAAAUGCUCACAGACUCUUAAUUUGACAAGUUCGGUUUCAUUUUCUCCUCAAACAUGGAGAAUGUGUCCCUCCCCGGCGGUGAACCGCCAGUCUGCAACGACUCUGUGGACUUCUACUCCCUCACGUUGGGGAACCGCACUGACCUGAACUGCACUCCUCCCUCUGAGUUUUACUUCUACGCUGACCUUUACGUCAUUUUGCCUGUCAUCUACUCUGUCAUCUGCGCGGUGGGACUGACGGGCAACACGGCUGUCAUCUAUGUGAUCCUCAAAGCCCCGAAGAUGAAAACAGUCACCAAUAUGUUCAUCCUGAACUUGGCCAUUGCGGACGAUUUGUUCACUCUGGUGUUGCCUAUCAACAUAGCUGAACACUUGUUGCACUACUGGCCUUUCGGCGAGGUUUUGUGCAAAGUCAUCCUCAGCAUAGACCACUACAACAUCUUCUCCAGUAUCUAUUUUCUGACAGUUAUGAGCAUUGACCGUUACUUGGUCGUGCUGGCCACAGUGAGGUCCAAGCGCAUGCCUUACCGCACCUACCGAGCAGCCAAAAUCAUCUCAUUAUGUGUCUGGAUCCUUGUUAUCCUCAUCGUUAUGCCUUUUACUGUUUUCGCCGGCGUCUUUGUCAACCCAAACGAUGGGAGGAAGAGCUGCGUGCUCAGCUUCCCCAGCCCUGAAAGUUUGUGGUUCAAGGCAAGCCGGAUCUACACGCUCAUCAUGGGCUUCGCCAUCCCGGUCUCCACCAUCUGCAUCUUAUACACAAUGAUGCUUUACAAGCUGAGGAACAUGAGGCUCAACAGCAACGCCAAGGCGCUGGAUAAGGCCAAGAAGAAAGUCACCAUCAUGGUGUUCAUCGUCUUGGCUGUCUGCUUGUUCUGCUGGACCCCAUUCCACCUCAGCACCAUCGUGGCUCUGACGACGGACCUUAGGACCACGCCGCUGCUGAUUGGGAUCUCCUACUUCAUAACCAGCCUGAGCUACGCCAACUCCUGCCUCAACCCGUUCCUCUACGCCUUCCUGGAUGACAGCUUCAGGAAAGCCUUCAAGAAGAUGUUGGAAUGUAGACCGGCCUGAAUGAGCGACAGUACGACAAAUAAAACCAGAGCACGGACUGUGAGCUGAAAAACUGACUUAACUUUAGAUUCAAAUCUUGAUUUUCAAUGUUAUAUGAUGCAGAUUUGAUUGUUUCGUUUGUUAAAGCUGCACUAGGCAACUGUACACAUGAUAGCAACAGGUAGCUAAAAUAAAGCUAUCUUCAAAGUUCUAGCUAUAAGCUCUACAUAACCUUCUUAAAUCCGGCUAUAAAUGCUUUUAUUCUGCAGUAAACCAAAAGGCGAGAGAUGAAACACAUCAGAACAGAAACUUCAUCAACACAGAGGUCUGUUUUGGUGUCACACUUGAAUUUAAAUUGUCACUUCCUGUCAGCGGAGUAGAUCUCCUGCUAGCAAAAGUCAAUCUGACCAAGCAGAGGUAAAUUGAAGCUGCUCAUUUAUUGGAGGCAGGAAGUUUUUUCUUUGUCACAGCUGGACAACAAUUUGCCUAAUGCAGCUUUUUAUGGCUCUGAGAGAAAAGGGACUAUUGUGAGUUGUCAGAAACAACGAUAGGGAACUUACAAUAGGGAACUAGAACGGCUGACAUAAGGGACAACGAUGACAUUAAAAAAACAAAAAGAUGGUUAUAAAUUUCAGCAGCACUGCCCAUCAUCAUUAUGUCUGAAGAACUGGCUAUUAAUCUGUAAAACAACAGAUUAAGACCGCAAUUAAUUAACAUGUCAAUGUUCAAAUGAAGGUAAUACAUGCAACUAUGAGGCAGCGAGACAGGAUGGGUCAUUGCAAACAGCGGUGACCUUCACUGGAAUCUGACAGAACUGAGAAGACAGAGGAACAGUAUGAGGGCUGAACAUCUGCCAUGUGGAGGAAAUGCAGGUCUACACUGAUUUGCAUGCUGUCAAUCAAAUCCGCAUCAUGAGAAUAGUCAGGGUUGGAGGGCAACAGGAUGCAUGUCAGGGGAUUACAGGUGUUUCUAAUGCUUAACAAUGAACGAAUUACAACCAAACACUGGAGGGAAAAAAAGCUGGUAAGAUUACAUAAGAAAUAUGUGUGUGGUCAUGUAUGCAAACACUUAAUCUGCCUUUAAAACAUGUUGUGUUUUGAACAGAGUCGCACCAGAUGAUGCACUCUGUGGAUUACCUGACAUAUUCGAGUUCUGAUUUUCAGGUAAACAAAAAAGGUCACAGAGAUAUUUUUGCAAACACUGAGAAAGUUUGAAGCAGAGACUCUUUAAAUGAUGGCAUGUUUGGAUGAAGAAUGACAUCCUGGUGCACAUCACUUUUCCAGAAUGUCUUUGUACCACAUAAGAAAUGGAAAAAAGAACCUUACCAACCCUGACAACAGUACUGUAGGCCUGAUAUGAGACAGGCAUGGGACAGGAGGGCUAUGUAAAAUGUAAUAUGUGUGUCUUACUCUCAUUAUUACUGAUAUUAUUAUUAUUAUUAUUAUUAUUAUUAUUAUAUUAUU